GACUCUUUGCUGGAUGGUUUGGCCCGAUCGGUGUAGGCGCUGUCUUUUACGGUGAACUCACAAAAGAGGCACUGGAAAAAUAUGAUGCACAUUCUGUGGCACAAGAAGUCAUUAAACCAGUUGUAUUUUUCCUGGUCUUUUCUUCGAUCGUCGUCCACGGAAUAUCCAUACCUUUGAUGAAGAUCGGGAAACGCGUAAAUACAAUGUCGCGGACAACUUCUCUCAAUUUUCCCACUCAGUCAAUUAGUUUAAACACAAUCAAGCUAGAUGGCAUAACUCUCCGGAAAACAAAUACUUCAUCUGCUGAAAGGGUUGACGUGUUUAAAGACAUAGCUGAAUCUAAUAAUUCGUCUUCAUCAACUCCUACAGUGCGCGUGCCACCUACAGAACAAAUAGUUGUCAAUACUGAUAAUUUACCUCAAGAUCAAAAUAAUAACGUAAGCGACACUAAUGAUAAUGUCAUCAUUAAAUUUAGUCAAGAGGCAGCUAAAUUGUCUUAUGAACACGAUGAUAUCAUUGAGGAACGAAACAUUGAAGACGAAAAAACUUGUGUGAUUACUAAUCCCCCCUGA